CAAAAAAUCACCAUAAUCUCAACUAGAAGAAAAUGGGGGGAAAUCAUUAAACAAAAAAAAUCGAUGAUUUUCCUCCAUGUUUAAAAAUCGAAAUUCUUAUAUAAAUAAAUAAAGUUUCUCCUUCAAAGUCUCCCCAUUUGACCACCAAUCACCAAUUAACAAUCACCACCAUCCUCCUCCCUAUCAAACACCUUCCUCUCGCUUUCCCUUUCCCCUUUUCUCUCUUCCCCCAUUUUUCUUUCUUAUAUAAAUAUAAUUCUCACAUUUUACCCUAAUAACACCUCAAUUAUUAUUGGGUAUAUCUCCAAUUCUUCAAAGAAAUCAUCUUUUCAUAAGAAUAAAAAUGGGUUCUUGUUUAUCAACCACAAAAGUGAAUGGAUCAAACAGCAAUUCAACAACAACAACAACCACCAAUACUGCAUUAACUGCAAUCAAGAAUCAAAGGAAAGAACCUGCAAAAUCUGUGGCAAAUACAGCACCAAAAAAUGAUGGGUCUCAUCAAAAACAAACCCAAAAAAGAAAUGAAAUUGAGGUUCAUGGAAAAAUUCAUAAAAAUAACAAUAAUAAUAAUGUGGGUAUGUUUAAACCUAGAGAAAAAACCAGUUCUAGGCGUCAAGGUGCUAUUCCUUGUGGAAAAAGAACAGAUUUUGGGUAUGAUAAAGAUUUUGAAUAUAAAUAUACAAUUGGGAAAUUGUUGGGACAUGGUCAAUUUGGGUAUACUUAUGUUGCUACUGAUAAAUCUAAUGGAGAUCGUGUUGCUGUCAAGAAGAUUGAUAAGAGUAAGAUGGUGCUUCCUAUUGCGGUGGAGGAUGUUAAGCGAGAAGUUAAGAUAUUAAAAGCUCUUGCUGGCCAUGAGAAUGUAGUUCAGUUCCAUAAUGCAUUUGAGGAUGAAAACUAUGUCUACAUAGUGAUGGAGUUGUGUGAAGGUGGGGAGUUGUUGGACCGAAUACUUGCCAAAAAGGAUAGCCGAUACACAGAGAAAGACGCAGCAGUUGUAGUACGGCAAAUGCUUAAAGUUGCUGCUCAGUGUCAUUUAAAUGGUCUAGUCCACCGGGAUAUGAAACCUGAGAAUUUUCUUUUCAAGUCACCUAAAGAGGAUUCAGCUUUAAAAGCGACAGACUUCGGUCUUUCAGAUUUCAUCAAACCUGGGAGAAAAUUUACGGAUAUUGUUGGCAGCGCCUACUAUGUCGCACCAGAAGUCCUAAAACGAAAAUCAGGUCCGGAGUCUGAUGUUUGGAGUAUUGGUGUCAUAACCUAUAUAUUGCUUUGUGGGCGACGUCCGUUUUGGGAUAAAACUGAAGAUGGUAUCUUCAAGGAGGUUCUUCGGAACAAGCCUGAUUUUCGUCGUAAGCCAUGGCCUACUAUAAGCAAUGGUGCCAAGGAUUUUGUGAAGAAAUUACUGGUGAAGGAUCCUCGUGCUCGAUAUACUGCUGCCCAGGCACUCUCACACCCGUGGGUUAGAGAAGGAGGAAACGCGCUGGAUAUUCCCAUCGACAUUUCAGUGUUACGGAACAUGCGACAAUUUGUGAAGUACAGCCGAAUGAAGCAGUUUGCCUUGAGGGCAUUGGCAAGUACGCUCAACGAAGAAGAGCUGGCUGAUCUGCGAGAUCAAUUUGACGCCAUUGACAUUGAUAAAAGCGGAACCAUCAGUCUUGAAGAGAUGAGGCAGGCCCUCGCUAAGGACUUGCCAUGGAAGUUAAAAGAUUCCCGUGUAACGGAAAUUGUUGAAGCGAUCGACAGCAACACUGACGGCCUUGUGGAUUUUACGGAGUUUGUGGCAGCAACGCUACAUGUGCAUCAAUUGCAAGAGCACGACAACGAGAAAUGGCAACAACUGUCGCAAGCAGCAUUUGAAAAGUUCGAUGUCGAUAAAGAUGGAUUCAUAACACCUGAAGAACUCAAACUGCAUACUGGAUUGAAGGGAUCAGUUGAUCCACUUUUAGAGGAGGCAGAUAUCGAUAAAGAUGGGAAAAUAAGCCUUUCAGAGUUCCGAAGGCUUUUGAGAUCCGCAAGCAUCAGUUCACGGAAAAUAGCCAGCCCAACCUGUCGGAAAAACUCGAGGAGGCUAUGAUUUAACCAGCUUAAAAAGCGUGCAUGAUUGCAUGCUAUCGGGUUAUAAGCUCACCAUCUCCUUUUAAUUUCAGAAGGGGGACUAGAAGAUGCAACGAAAUGAAGUUGUAGAACCUUCAAAUUAUGCGGAUUGUGCGAACUUGUUUGGGGGCGUGGGAAGGAAGGGGAAGGGAAAGAAGCGAAAGUUUCGGGUUGAUUUUUUGUAUAAAUAUUAGGUGUUAGGAGGUGUUUGAUGUUGAUCAUGGUGAUAUACGCAAAUGGUGAAGAGAAGGGGACACAAAUGGUGAAUAUGCUCCUUUUUGUGGUGGGUAUUGUUGGGGAUCUUUGUUUUGGAGUUCAGUUCUUGGAAGGGAUUGAACAAAAUUUGUUGGAACCUUGUCUUGUAUAUGUGAAGAGUUAACAUAGAAUCUUUUCUUAAAA